CGGCCGCCGCAGCUCAGGUUGAUUGGGAGCGGAUGGCGGCGGCCCGGCGCAGGCCGGCGGCGGAGGAAAGCGGCUUAUCCCUGUGCGGGUUGCCAUGGCGAUGAGCGGGAGGCAGCGGCGGCGGCGGCGGCAGCGGGGCUGUCAGUGAGGGAAAUCGGCGGCGGGCAUCUGGGGGGUCUGCGGGAGGGAGCGGCGGCGGCGGCGGGGACGGACGCGGCGGGCAGCAGCCAUGGACUCGCACUGCGAUUGUGCCGAGCCCCCGGCCGUGGAGCAGCCGUCGGGCAAGAUCAACAAAACCGCCUUCAAACUGUUCAAGAGGAGGAAAUCCGGCGGCCCCAUGCCGAGCAUCUUCGGGGUGAAAAGCAAAGGUGGGGACGGGAAAGGCGCGAGCAAAACGGGGAUGGUGCGGAGCAAGACUCACGACGGAUUAGCCGACGCCGUGCUGGAGAGCAGCAAGAAGGAGGAACCGAGCGGCGGCGGCGACCAGCAGAGCAAGGACGCAGCCCCCCGGGCGGCAGCCAGCCUCAGCGUCUCCUCCAGCAGCUCCGUGGCUAAGUCGCACAGCUUCUUCUCCCUGCUGAAGAAGAACGGGAAAUCGGAAAACGGCAAGGGGGAGAGCGCAGAGCCGCGGGCUGGCGGCAGACAAAAGAAGGGGCUGAAAGGGAUCUUCAGCAGUAUGCGGUGGCAUAGAAAGGACAAAAAUGGCAAGGAGGAAAGGGGGGAAAGCUCUGAAAUUCAGUCCGGUCUCAUUAUGCCGGGGUCGCUGACUGCCAGCUUGGAAUGCAUCAAAGAGGAGACCCCGAAACCUUUGUCUGAAACCCCGAACGGCGCCGGAGAAAUUAGCAUUGAAUCAUCCUGCGGGAAACCCAGCGGAGACCUGCACGCCUCGGCCAGGGAGCCUGACGGGAGAGGUGGGGAGCCGCAGGACAGCAAAACCCCCCCGGGGGAGGAUCCUGCCGCUGCUGGGACCCGACCCGAGGAGCUCUGCCCCGAGCGACCGGACCCGGGCGCGGGAGAGGUUGGGACUGCAAAGGAUGCGGCCAUAACAGGCUGCGGAGAUAUUAUUGCGGACCAGGAGGAGGAAGGGGGCAGCGGGAGUGGCGGCUGUGAGAAGAGCACCCCCAGGGCCGGCAAGCUGGGCGCCUCCAAGAAGCACCCCACCAUGGUGGCCUACCAAGGAGGAGGGGAGGAGAUGGCAAGUCCUGACCAGGUGGAUGACACCUACCUUCAGGAGUUUUGGGAUAUGCUGUCACAGACAGAGGAGCGUGGCCCAGACGCCCAGAUUGGGGGAGGAGGAGGAGGAGGAGGUGGAGGAGGGACAAGGACGCCUGAGGGGUUGAAGGAGACCCAAGGUACCGAGGGGGCCCAGAACAGGGUGGCGGUGAAACGCGGUGGUCUCAACCAGAUUCCCAUUCAUCUCAACCACAAAGAGGAGCAGAAGGGCAGGGAGAAGGAGCAGCAAGAAGGCAUCCCGAACAGCGACGAGGGUUACUGGGACUCCACCACCCCCGGGCCCGAGGAAGACAGCACCACAAGCAUCCAGAAGGAGACCAUUCCCAGGGACAGCUACAGCGGGGAUGCUCUCUACGACCUCUAUGCCGAACCAGAUGAGAACCCACCAGGGGGGCCUUCCGACGAAGAGGUCACCUGCGUGCCCCGCUCCAAGCCUGUGUCGCCAAUGACCACCACGUGCUCACUGAAAACACCCUCAAGCGCCGUGAAGGACUCCAAGAUACCCAUCAGCAUUAAACACCUUGCAUCGCAUCCUGCCAGCCACGCAACAGACGCCAGCAACAGCCAUCAUGUCGCACACCAUCACCUGGCCAAAAGUGAGAUACACAGAACAAAAAUCCCUGUCUCUAAAGUACUGGUGCGCCGGGUCAGUAACAGGGGCUUAGCAGGGACAACAGUUAAAGCUGCCACAUACCAGGACAGUGCCAAAAAGUAGCUGAAUACGAGGUGGAGACAAAGACCGACGGACAGCAAGCUCGGUGCAGGAAACUCUGUGUAGGAGAACACUGAUAAUGAAUUAGUUUUGCAUCACCUGAAGAAAGGCACCUAAAAGCCUUCCUUCCAUGUACUCCGGGGACCUGCACUCCUGAAUCCCUUCUUACUAUACUGUACGGCUGAAUAUGAAAAGUCAACUUCUUUUCAGGCACUUUUUUUUACAUUUGUAUCUUUUUUCUGCAGCACUAAACACUGGGGAGAUUCAUUUUUACAUGCCUUUGUGGAAGCAGGACUUGGAUUAUGAACCUAAAUGAGCAUCUUUCCUCAUGCAAGGUAGUGCCAUGAGUUCUCCAAGGGAGCAGAGCUACACGAGGAGGAACACCAGAGGUUCUCCAAUGCACUUCUCUUUUAAUCAGUCCUGGAAGAGGCGUGGAGGGAUGGUGUCCGACUCUGAAAAUGGUGUUUGCUCUACAAGAUGUUGGAAAAAAUGCCAAGCAAAAAACAAACGACCAAACAGGUAUUUUACCUGAUGUAGGAACACGAGCACUGCUCAGCAGCAGACUUAAUCGACUUGUGUGCAGUAGCUAACUAAGGAGUUAGGUGGAUUUGUCUAACGGGAAAAAUAUUUUUGUUUGUCCAUCUGUUUGUUUGGUUUCGGUCUGCUCUAAUGUAAAUGGGUAACAGAGACACCUGACCUAGGUUCAGAUGUUUACAUCAAUACCUGUCUGAUGAUGAAUACAAUCAGGUUCAGGGAAACAUUUUACUAAAUGCCAAUAUAUACACACUGUUCACAUUUAUACAAUAACUUGCUCUCCAUGUGUAGAUAUAUACAUAUUUUAGCAGAUUUACUCAAUGCUACAGAUUUUUUAUAUUAAAAAAAAAAGUCACCUGUCUGUAUUAUCUAGAGUUUAAGGAAAAGUUAGUUUUUAUAGGUAGAUAAUUUUACAGUUCUAAAAUUGUGGAACUUUCUGUAAGUACCUUAAACUAGAGCAAAACUCUGUCCUGUGUGGGCUCAUGCAUCCCCAGAGAAGUGAGGCUGAAGUGCUGAUGGUGUUAGAGGGGCACAUCCCAUGUGUCGGAGCUGAGGGUCUGACAGCACUGCCACUGCAAACCUCUAUUUUCAGGGGUUUAUGCAAAGUUGCUCUGGGCUUAAACCUUACAGAGAUGGAACCCAGGAAAGAAACAUGUUUUUUAAUUAUUAUUUUUAAAAAUAUAUAAAAUUAGUUUUUGACUAUUUAAGGAAAGUUUGGGUUCUUGUUGCUUUUUAUUUUCAUUCUUAAGAACUUCAGAAUAAUUUUACUUUAAGAGAGAAAAAGAAAUAUGGUAAGCUAGGGGUCCAUAAAAUGCUCUAUUGAGCUUGGAUCCUGUGAGAAAUGUAUUAAUGGCCAGGAUGUUUUUUUGAAUAGUGGCUACUGUACAUGGGCAUUGACAACAUUUCCGAGAAAUUUAAUAGGGUUUUAAUGUGCCUGAGGACAUAUUUUUAUGAUACACUGAAAAAGCUCCAAAAAUCGUUGAAGUCUAAGGGGAAAUAUUAUGCAUUUACAAAAUAUUUUGGUAUGAGUAUUUAAUCAUCAGACCACAGUUAAUAUAAAAUAUAUGCUCCAGUGUAUCUGAAAAAUAAUAUACAUUUAAAAAAUAUAUAUAUGCAGAGAAUUCUAAAUUCACAUAACUGAAGCUAAUGGGUCUGAUCUUACAUAGCAGCUGGUUUUAUUGUCUCUUAAACUGGAAGAAAAAAGGAAAAUAAAUAUACAGAAUAUACAUUUGAAGGAUAUUAAGGUUAUAGAUAACCAUAAAAAGCUAGGAAAUAGAGUAAAGAGAAUUCCUUCUCUUACAGGUGGGAUACGCUGGGGAAAUGACCUUAUAGUCACAAGGGUGAAAUGAGAAUCUAUCUCUGAAAUUCCCACAAACAAUAUCAAAUUGGGAGAAAGGGUUCGUUUUUCCGACCGUUGUCUGCUUUUAUGGUUUGAGUAAGAACCUUAAUAGACUUCACAGAAGAUUAUUUUAGACGUUUUUUUUUUAAUAAGGUACACGUGUGUGAUUUUCUACAUGCCUGCUCCCGCGGCCGCGCUGUACAUAUGCAUGCGUAGUCAGAGCGCGCCUCCUCCCAGCGUACGCGCAGCCCGCAGCCCCGCGCAGCCCCGCGCACACCGUGGGGCGGGCGGCAGAGCUGUCUCCGAACGGGCCGCCCACUCUCUCCUCCGCCUGAGAAAGGGAUUGGCAUUUGGCAUGACUCUGCUUGUAUAUUUUAGAAAUUUAAAGCUGAGAUAUACCCUCGAAAGGAUGAACCGUACAGAACCCUGGAUACUAAUCCUGGUCUUCAGCCCUAAACCUAACAUUCACGUUUUUAUUCCUUUGGUUUCAUCCGGCUGGAAGGGUCACGUUCUUCCUUGCAUGACAGUUCUGCAGAAAAGUCAUAUUUCCCCAUCUUGUUUUAGGGACAAAUUGUACAGAGCGAUUCCAUAGGGUACUGCAGGUUGAGAAGGAGGGAGGAUGUCGGGAGCUUGUGGAGAUGCCAGAAAGACUGGAAGCACUGUUUACAGGUAGUAACAGUCGUGUGUCUUAAAAGCACUAGAAGAUAUAAGCUACCAUUCCUGCAGGACCUGCGCGUGGCAGAUUUCAUUCUAUGCGUUUUGUUUGCAUCGUGGCAUGUCUGUAUUAGGGGAACAUAGAGUAACAUUAGACUAGCUCCCUCACACUUAUGACUAACAAGAACCAUCAUUAAACUGUUUUGCCUUCCCUUCAGUUUCUCUCUCUCUUGUUUUCUGCCCUGUUUUGACUCCUUCCUCGGCAUGCUGGCGGCAGCUCCCUGCCUGGUGCCGAGCUCCGGUGCGGCGCGGGCAGCCCCCGGCCGGCAGCAGCACCGGGGUGGGAGGGCUGCGCGCUCGCUGGCAGCGGCGAGGGGCUGCCGAACCACUCGCUCGAGCUUUUUAUUGCAACCCUAGUGUAAGUACACUUUGCAGAUCUCUCGGUGGUUCGUUUGGCUGCUUGCUAUGUACAUAUUUUAAGGACAAUCAUAUCCUUAAAAGGAAAAUGGGAAAGUGACUUGUGGUAGGAUGUCGGUAUUUUGAAUCGUAACAACAUACUGACAUUGAUUCAGGGUAAUGGUUGUAUGAGAGUAAAAAUAUGAUUUAAUGGUCAAAUUAACUUUGUAUUUAUAAAACCCACUUCUGUCUUUAAGCCAUUGAUGUUUUUAUUUCAAAAGGUAAUUGAAAACUUAAUAUUUACAAAGGCUUUUUAUUAUCAUAGAAAUAUAAUUGUGUAACUCCACACAAUGCCUAAAACAAUGACUGAAAGGAGGUUCAAAGGCUUUCUUUCAACCUGCAUUUAAUUCCUGAAAGAUCCCUGUAAAAUACGACGAGAUGCCUAACAGCAAACAAUUAAUGACUUGCUGGAUUUAAAGGUUGUGACAUAAAGAGGUAAUAGUCCCGAGGCAUUCUGUGGUGGUUUGCUUUCUUUUUUGUAUUACUGUGUUUAAGCAUAUAUUUUCCUUGGCUUUGGUAGGUAUUAGGGUAGAAAUGAUGUUCUGAGUCCCAAAGAUAUCAUUCCCAGUUCUGUCACUGUUUUGAUUUUCUCAAAGAAUACUUUUGUUUAUUUGUUCUAUUUGUUAUUUUGUGGUCUGAACAAUGCUUUGUAAUUAUCAGCCUGUAUGUCAUUCAUAAAGGAUUUUAUAGAUGAGGACUUGGCAUUUAGUUAUAUAUACUCUUUGCACUUUCAGGUCACUACUGGUAAAUUUUGUAUGUUCUUAGGAUAUUUCUAUAUAUUGCAUAGCAUUUUAUAGCUAUCUACAGUAGUAUCAGUGGUAUACAUUCCUUUCCUAUACAUCAGCACAAAAGAUUUCCUUUUAGUAGCAUGAAAUGAUGUUUUUGUGGACUUCUUUUGUCAUAAUAGAAGUAAACUUUCCUGUGCUAUAGGUGUGGCCUGCAACAGACAAAAAGGGUCUUAUUUUCUGCACAGUGCACAUAGAUUUUGCUCUUGCUAGUAAAUAGGACUCAAACCCAUGUGACAGAUUUUGGAAGAAAACACACCACUAGAAUAAGAAGAAUCCAUGUUCAGUCUUAUCCCAUCAAUCACCAGCGUUUUCUUCAUCCACUGUGAACGUCCUUACUACCAUUCAGGGUAGCAGAGGACUGAAUUUUUAAAAUUGCACGCAUACACUAUAAAAAUUAAUUCACCGAUUAUUUUUAAAUGAAUCUUACUAAAUUAUUUAUCUAAGCUAAGCGAAUAUUGCACCAAAGUCUUCAAAACGUCUGAUACACAUGGCAUUUUCAGUAAGAUGCUCUAAGUGCAGAUGAGCCAAAUUCCCAGGCCUUGCUUAGCAAAGCAAGGACCUAGUUGUUUUUAAAAUUUUUAGUACUGGCUGAGCUCGCAGAUCAAAGGGAGCCAUUGAUUCAUGGCUGUGCUCUGAGGGUUUUUUUGCUUGCUCUGAUAUAGACUACUUUCUGAAAAGGCUUUUCAGCAAGAUAAUGGUAUGAGAGAGACAGUUCACAGCAACAAUAGCCACUUAUAAGGCAGAUGGUUAUCUAACAGUGGAUAAUAUGGGACUUUAAGCAAGGUGGUCUGAAAAUGCAUUUUUGUAGCUAUUGAUAUGAAAGGCUGAUGCUUCUGUCUUGGAAAAACAAAUUGACACCAACUCAAAGACGCUGCAGAAAUGAGUCUUGGCAAAGUUUACACAUGACAGUUUCUGCAGGGUUUUUCUUGCCUUUUACUUUUUUAUUUAUUUUUGCUUUGUUUAUGUUUCCAUUAAGAUGACAUAACCCCACUUAUCCAGGCAGAAUUGCACAAUGACUGACUCUCAGAUUUAAUGCUGAGAAUACAGUCUGUUGUCCUCCAGCUGCUCAGGACCCGGCUGCGCUGAGCAUCACUCUCUGAUGUUGAGAUUUGUCAUGAGUUCAUGUGCUCUUUACUGUAAUCAAGAGGUACCAGAAUCUGGUACUUUUUUAGCUCAUCUUUAGUUCACGUCUUGUCUUCCCUGAGAGUAUCUCAGCUGGAAAAUUCAGCUUUGUUUUGAUGUUUUCUAGGUCCAUUUCUUGUAGAGAGAAAUGGAAAUACAUCCAUAUGCAAAGGACUAAGAGCUAUAGCCCACUGAAGCCACAUUUUGGAGUCCUUUACUCCUGCAAAAGCAGGUCUUUAAAGCUCUUCCUGCCCUAGAGGGCUUCUCCAUCCAAAACAGCGAUUACUAUUGCCUGGAACUACCUUUUUUCCCCACUUUCUCUUUCUCUGGUUCCCCCUCAGCCAUAACACUGCAGCUUGAGAAACAGAUUUUUGACCCAGGCCUUCAUCACUAGAAAUCCAUCACAGCACCACUGCUGCUGGUAAGUUCUUCAAGAGGGCUUUGCUCCUACUUCUUGGUCCAGAAUAAAUGAUUUCACCUUCAGAACAUGCUGUAAGGAUCUUUAAAACAGAGGCCUCUGCUGUGUGAGCUCAUACAUAUGGGUGAGGAUAUUGAGUGGUAUUUUGCAUAGAGUGGAAUAUAUCCCUCCACUUCCCUUUUGUGGACAAUUUAGCAAAUCUAGCAGGGAAAUGUGUCACUCUUGUGUAAAAGCCUGGAGGCUGUUUGUGAUGGAGACCGUGCCCAGACUUUCUGUAUCUUUGAUUAGACUGCUUUUCUUUUUCCUUUCUGUAUAUAUUUAAAUAAAUAGAACCAAAGUUCUUGUGGAGAGAAGAAAAGGUUAUGCACUUCACAGGACAGGAAGGAUUUUAAAGUGCCCAGCCUGCAGUCUCACAAAAAGCAAUGGCUAAAAGGAGAAAAUUGCUUUGCCUGUAAUAUUACAUCCAAGCAAUGCUCUGAAAUAGAAGCUAACCCAGCAAUGACCACAAAGCUGGAAAACCGGCAUUUGCCAACAUUUUCUGACAAUCUCUUUCUAAGGCCCAGUUCUGCUGUGGCAAAGCUUCCAUUGACUCCAGCAAGAACGGGAGAAGAUCCUUAAACCAUAGGGAGUAGGAAGUGUUUUCCUAAAGGAGUCUUCCCUUUUUGUAAAGAUGAACAUUAUUCAGGUGACUGUGCUAUCUUUUAUAUUAUUGUAGUAGUACUUCCGCUGAUCUGAAUCCAAAACACAUCUUUCCAUUGUUUUUCCAUCUUAACAAGCAGCCACUCCUGUGCAUAACCACAGUGCUCAGUGUGUUCAAAUUACAGCUAACACAAUCACUGCCAUCCUUAAUUUAACUUGUGAUGGCAGAAACAGGACCAGAUCCUUUCCAGGGCAGUAAACCCCUGCUUAUUGUGUCAUUUCUCUUGUUUUUUGAUAUGGUAACUAGUUAUGCUUCCCUUUGAUCGUUUCACAGAAAUGUCUUAAAUCUGUUUUUAAGGAAGAGCAAUAUGUAGGGACUGCAUGGUAAGAACUUGAACAGAUUGUUAUUAUUGUGGAUGAUGCUGUAUCAAAACAAUUGCCAUUUUGGUAUCAGGCUCUUUCCACGGGCUUUUAUGCAGAUGCAGUAGAGGCUUUGAACAUAAUGUGCUCAUAAAAGAAAAUUGGCUGCAUCUGCUUUGAAUUAAACCUGACCUUAAAAUGUAAAAGCUACACAGCUGGUCAUGUUUCUCAGUCAGCAGCAGCAAGUGGAAAGGCCUGCCCCAACUCACCUGCACCCCAGACCAGGGGAGCAAGGCACUGUCAGCAGGGGAAUGUGCUGCCUGGUCCUUACCUGAAUGCUGGCAGAGCUGUGGGGUGUCAUCUUGUAGAGAUGUCUCCCAAAUUCAGCAGCAGUUGGGAAAAGCCAGGAUAGUGAUGCUGUGCUGGGGUGAAAUGGUUGGUAGGGUGGCUAGGAGAUGGGACAGGAGUAAGGGCUGAACCUUUGUUUCUUGUGGAAAAAAGAGAGUUAAACAUAUGCUUGUAAAAUCUGGCUCAUUUUUCUCUUGCAUUGCUGCUAGGGUGGCUACAUUGCACUGAGUUAGGAGCCAGAUUGCGUGAGUGCCAAGAGCUGGGUGUGCUGAAGCCUUCACUCAUGCCGGUAUACUCGUGAGCGUGACUGCUCUCCUCAUUAGCAGGUGAAUUAUCUUUCAUUUUUGAGGUAGUUUUAGCACAGGUGCUUCCACCAGCCCACUAUGACCCAGCUCCAAUCCAUGGCAUCUCACUGCUCUUCCAUCCUCGUUUUAUCAGGGGGACCAGAGCAAGCAUGCCCAUGGCAGGGUGGUGAGCGGUGGUGAGACCUCCUGGUGCAAGAGUGAGCCAGUGAGGGAGUAAAAUAAGCACCACGCAACAGGGUGUGGUGGCAUCGGGUCCGAGGCAGGGUGCAAGUAACCUUCUGUAGCACAUGGCUUAAUAAAAGCAAAGUUACCCUACUUUUCUGCAGGGGAACAAGAUUAAAGCUGUCACCUUGGUGUAAAAUCCAAGUAAAUCCACUGCCGGGAAGCAGAUUGCAACAGCUGAACAAUAUCUCAUUUCAUAAGCGUUCCCUCUGAAAGCAGGGGAUGUAUUCGUAGGGUUGGUUGCUAUUAAGACUGAGUGAAGAUACCAUAAUUUGGCCCCAUGUGAAUUUUCAUUACUCUCUUUAUCAGCAGAAGCUGUCUCAGGAAAGGUCUAGUGUUGAAGUUUGUGGCCUUGUUGAAAUGUGGAAUGAGAUAGGAAUGUAGCUGGUGGAAAAUACAGCUCCAGUAAGGGCAGAAAAUACAGAAUGGCUUCAGUGUUUUCUCACAGCCAAGCUCUGCUUAAAUAUCAUGGUGUGCCUGAGGAAGAUGUCGCAAAGAGUGUGCUACACUGCAUCUGCCAAACUGACACUCUUGGGGUUUCCUACGUGCUGAAAGGGACAGAUGUGUCCUGCUAGAGAUCACGUCAUCUUUUUUUCUAAGACAUGCUUUAGCUGGCAGAUCGUUGUUAAUUACAAGUUUCGCUAGCGUUAGUUGUGUCAGCCACCUCCAGGAAGGUAGCAUGUGACCUAUUCAAGAUAAUGAGCCAGUAAAACCAGAACUCCCUACUCUUUUUAUCUGAAUGGUUUGCUAAUAAUCUGGCAAGUUUGUGUGCACCAACUUUUUCUGAGUGAAAGAUAAGAACACUCUAGGGGGUAUUUUUUACAACAGACUGUUAGACACGCUAUGCUCCUUUCCACCUCUACAAAUUUUGAUGAAUAUGUGUCUCCUCAAAUCACUGUAUUCUUAAAAACACAUUUAAAACCUAACUGAUAGCAAUAGAUGUCUUUCUUCCCUGACAGUUAUUGAGGAUAUACUAAUCACUGUUUAUUAUAUUUUUAAUUCUGUAAAUAUUUAUUUUGGUACUCUGUGUAUUUAUUGGCACUGAUUCUGGUGUUUGCUUAUGUGUCACUGUUAAUGUUGAUGUUUUCAGUAGUCUUGCUUCUAAUGAAUGUAAGGAACUCAGACUAACUGCACUUUUCUUCUUCCAUUCAAAAAUCUUACCAUGAAAAGUAUUCCCACUGUCAUAUUAUGUGUUAUAAUAAGUACAGUCAAUAAAAUCGGUUGUCACUUUUCACUGA